AUGAACAUCGAUGAAGCAAACGUUAUAUCUUGUCAUUGCUUCGACGAUGAUUCAGGACUAAUGUAUGGAUUCUUGACACCAUCAGGAAUUCAUUGGCUUCCUGAAAAAUCGGUUUCAGAGUCACAAAUUAAACAAUAUUGGGAAAAUAUCAUUCAAUUUGAUAAUAAUAUCGAUAUCGAACCGAUUUCUAAUAAAAUCAUAAAAAGACUCGUCAACACGCUUGGAAAAAGUUAUUAUCUUCUUUACAAUGAACAAAUACUUGAUAAAUAUCAAUUAGUUCCGAAUUCAACAAUGAAAGAAGUAUUUCCUGUUGAAUUGGCCACUUUUGUAGAAGAUUUGGUCAAAGAUCAGCUUUAUAAAUUCUAA